AUGCGGGGCUGAGCCUGCGGCUGCUGGUGGUGAUGCUGCCGGGCUUGGUCCUCGCGUCGGCCGGCAGCUGCGGCCUGGCGGAGCUCUCCUGCCUGGACGGGCACUGCGUGGCCGGCGACGCCUACUGCAACGGCCAGGACGACUGCGGCGACGGAAGCGACGAGCCCAGCCUCUGCACGCCCUGCAACCGUACCUACCACGGUCGGGAGGGUCACACCUACCGACUGAACAUCUCCAGGCCCUCGAGCUCGCAGCUGCCCUUCCUCUGCCACCUGACCUUCACCGCCGGCGGCCAGGGCUACGGCGAGCUGGUGCAGCUCCUGUGGGAGGCCUUCAGUGUCGGCAGGCUGGAGCCCGACCCCUCGGCCUUCGUCCCCGGGUGCCCCGAGGGUUCCUUAGAGCUCGCCGAGCUCAAUCGGCCCUUCACCGGCGGCUCCUGGUGCGGCGGCUUCAAGGACUCGGCUUCUUACUACAGCGAGACCAGCACCAUCACUGCCUCCAUCAGGCUCUUCCAGGCGCCGCCUACGGUGCCCUUCGAGUUCAGCCUCAGGUACCGAUUCGUGUCGAGGGGCGAGGCGGUGGCCCGUCUUGGUCGUCCUGAGGUGCCCCUCGAGAGAGGAUCCCCGGUGCCCGGGACUUACUGCUCCAGGAACUUCUACGAGUGCCACCAGAGAGCAUGCAGGGUGCAGAGUCCGAACUACCCCGGCGAGUAUCCCCGGAAUGCCACCUGCCUGAUCACCCUGCGCCAGAAGGAGGUGCCUACGUGCAAGCACGCGAUGAUGUCGGUCCGGCUGAGCCCGUCCGGAAUCGUCGGGCCCGGGAGAAACGGCUCCCUGGCCGUGUGGCAGGACUGCGGCCCCGACAAGGACCGCCUCAUCUUCAGGGACGGCGCCAGGACCGACGACCCGGUCCUCCUGGUCUACUGCGGCGGACCGCUGCCUAGAGUCACCUCCCGGGGGCCUAGCAUGCUGGUCGAGUUCCGCAGCUCGCCCCUAGCUAUGCCUCUCGGCGCCUCCACCCUGAGGGUCGAGCUCGAGACUCGGGUCGUCUACGUAGACUCCGAUGGCCUUGACUACGCCAGGGGCUCUCAGGGGUGCCACUUCUUCGUGAACGGCACCGCCAAGAGGAGCGGCGUCCUGAGAGCGCCACUCCACGCUUUACCGCCGAACACCAACUGCACCUGGAACAUCCGCGGGGCACCCGGCGACCGGGUCUGGGUCUACUUCUCGUCGUACUUCCAGCGCGACCUGACGGGGGCGCCGGAAAACAACGCGACCGUCUGGGCCCCGGACGGGUCCUGCGCGGUCAGGAUGACCAUCUGGGACGGCAGCUACGUGUCCGGACUCCCCAUCGCCAGCCUCUGCGACGAGACCCCCAGGCUCUGCGCCCAUGCGGCCUUAAGGAACGCCACCAGGGCCACCAGGCCCUGCGCCAAGGCGGAGAGCUACGUCUCCGGGGCUUCCGGCAUGACCCUGCACCUGGAGACCGGACCCGACGGUACCGCCCUCCACACCGUCAACUUCCAGGCGCACUACGAGUUCAUCUCCACGCAGCAGGGCGGCGAGCCCUGGGGUGACGGACUGUGCUCGAGGAUCUGGAGGAAAGUGCGAAGCGGCGAGGUGACCUCCCCCAGGGACGUGCGACUCUUCGGCAGAGGUGGGGCCUCGAGGAUAGAGUGCCGGUACAGAAUCGAGGCCAGUAGCGGGGAAAGGGUCAGGUUGACCCUGCACAACGUCAGCCUGGGCGAGUCGACGACCUGCGCCAACGAGCCCGAUCCGCACACGGGAAGACCCAGGUGUCUCCCCGAGGCCGGCUCCAGGGAGGCCCGGCUGACCCUCUUCGAGGCACCCUGGAGGGACGUUCGACUUUCUCGCGCCUGCCUCUGCGACAACACCUCGCACCUCCCCUUGACCCACGUGUCCACUGGACGCGCCCUGGAGGUGGUCUUCCUCGUCGACCAGCAGGCCCCCCACGAGGAUUUCGAGACUCUCUUCUUCUAUGCGAGUUUCGAGCUCGUCCGCGCACCCGAGUGUCCCAGGAAGCAGCGGAUCCGGGGAGAAGGUGGGGAACUGCGCUUCGUGGCGCCGCCUCUCUCCAGGCCGGAUAUCUACUGCGAGGGUCUUCCUUGGUUGGUGGAGGCCCGGGAGAACAGGUCCCUCUUCGUGCUCACCUGGGGAUGGUUCCUACCCCUGGAGCCUCUGCCCACCCCCGAGGGCACCGAGGGUGUCCCCAGGUGUCCCACGACCAACCGCGUGCUCCUCUACUCGGGCUGGCCGCCCCGGCUGCUCAAGGUGGUCUGUCCAGCCGAGCCGGGGUCCCGCGACUUCACGGUCCACGUCUUCUCCGAGGAGUGGCUCGGCCCGACCUCGGAGGGCCGCCACCCUGGGCCCCCACGACCCCCGGCCCUCAUCCUCGACUUCGUCGCCCGCGAGUCCGGCCAAGCUGCGGCCUCCUGGCUCGAGAUCUCGAAGACUCGGUCCGCCCUGAGGAGGCACCUGCGACUCCCGGAGAGGGGCCCCGAGAUCGAGGGCAACGAGUCCCUUACCCACGAGGACUGCGCCCAUAAAUGUCCAGAACUCGGGGCUUGUAUAUCCCCCAGCCUCUGGUGCGAUGGCAGGGUGCACUGUCCUUCUGGGCACGACGAGGCGCAUUGUGGGAACGGCGCUCGUCUUCUGGGACUCCUGCCUCCUGCCAUGUGGUUCAUGGUCGUCGGUGUAACCGGCAUCGCCACCGUCUUCGCCUGCCUCAUCGCCAUCCUCGUCGGAAGGUCCAAGACCCGGACGAAGCGGCUCCAUUAUGACGGAAAGCCCUGCAAGCGGCCCAGGCGAGCCCCCACCGAGGAGACCCUCCUCGACGCGGCUUCCUGACAGCAGACCCCCGGUUUCGUGGAGUACAUCCACGUCGACCGGGAGACGACGGUCUAGGGUCGCGAAAGUCUGGAGACGCGGAUGCUCCGCGUGCCUCGCCGUCCA